GUCUUGAUUUCCUAAAGAUGUCUUUCACUUGAAGAGUGCAGUCCUUCCCAUUGGUGAAAUAAGACAACCGUCAACAUUGCCUCUUUCGACUCUCCUAAGGAUGGUUGUCCCUAAGCUGUUGCCUGACAUGGGCUGGGAUCCUCUGCUCGUGUAUUGAAUUGUGACUUUCGAAUGUUCAGGUUGUGUUAGUACAAGGUGAACCUCUAUGGGUAACGUCUGUGUUGGAGAAGCCAUUUGUCAACCAUGGUAAAACUUGCAAACCCACUUUACACAGAGUGGAUUCUUGAAGCAGUGCAGAAAAUCAAGAAGCAGAAGCAGCGGCCCUCUGAAGAGAGAAUCUGCCAUGCAGUCAGCACAUCCCAUGGGCUGGAUAAGAAAACCGUCUCGGAACAGCUGGAGCUCAGUGUUCAGGAUGGCUCCGUUCUCAAAGUCACCAACAAAGGCCUUGCUUCAUAUAAGGACCCAGACAAUCCUGGGCGGUUUUCAUCAGUUAAACCAGGCACUUUGCCCAAGCCAACCAAGGGGUCUAAAGGACCACCAUGUAAUGAUCUACGCAAUGUGGAUUGGAAUAAACUUUUAAAGAGAGCAAUCGAAGGCCUUGAGGAGCCAAAUGGCUCCUCCUUGAAGAACAUCGAGAAGUAUCUGAGAAGCCAGAGUGAUCUUACAGGCACCACCAACCACCCAGCCUUUCAGCAGAGGUUGCGACUAGGGGCCAAGCGGGCUGUGAACAAUGGGAGGUUACUGAAGGAAGGACCACAGUACAGGGUCAAUAAUGGGAGCUCAGAUGGCAAAGGGGCGCCCCAGUACCCCAGUGUUUUUCCGUCCUCACUCCCUCCCGUCAGCCUUCUACCCCAUGAGAAAGACCAGCCCCGUGCCGAUCCCAUUCCAAUAUGUAGCUUCUGUUUGGGGACUAAAGAGUCAAAUCGUGAAAAGAAACCAGAAGAGCUCCUAUCUUGUGCAGAUUGUGGCAGUAGUGGACACCCAUCCUGUUUGAAAUUUUGUCCUGAAUUAACUGAAAAUGUGAAGGCCUUGAGGUGGCAGUGCAUCGAGUGCAAGACGUGCAGCGCAUGUCGUGUCCAGGGCAAAAAUGCAGAUAAUAUGCUUUUUUGUGAUUCCUGUGAUAGAGGAUUCCAUAUGGAGUGCUGUGACCCACCACUUUCCAGAAUGCCAAAAGGGAUGUGGAUUUGCCAAGUCUGCAGACCAAAGAAAAAGGGAAGAAAACUACUUCAUGAGAAAGCUGCACAAAUAAAACGGCGAUAUGCAAAACCCAUUGGACGACCGAAAAAUAAAUUAAAGCAACGAUUGUUGUCUGUAACCAGUGAUGAAGGAUCCAUGAAUGCAUUCACAGGAAGGGGGUCACCUGAUACUGAAAUUAAAAUAAGCAUCAAACAAGAAAGUACAGAUGUAAGUGUGAUGGGAAACAAGGAUACCGUGACUGAAGAGGAUCUGGACGUUUUUAAGCAGGCCCAGGAACUGUCUUGGGAGAAAAUAGAGUGUGAAAGUGGAGUAGAAGACUGUGGUCGAUACCCUUCAGUAAUAGAGUUCGGAAAAUACGAAAUCCAAACCUGGUACUCCUCGCCUUACCCACAGGAAUAUGCAAGAUUACCAAAGCUUUACCUGUGUGAAUUCUGUCUUAAAUAUAUGAAGAGUAAAAACAUUUUGCUAAGACACUCAAAAAAGUGUGGAUGGUUUCAUCCUCCAGCAAAUGAAAUUUACCGAAGGAAAGACCUUUCAGUAUUUGAGGUUGAUGGAAAUAUGAGCAAAAUUUAUUGCCAAAACCUUUGCUUGUUAGCCAAGCUCUUCCUGGACCACAAAACAUUGUAUUAUGAUGUCGAGCCAUUCCUUUUUUAUGUCCUUACAAAAAAUGAUGAAAAAGGCUGUCAUCUGGUUGGAUACUUCUCUAAGGAAAAGCUCUGCCAGCAGAAGUAUAAUGUGUCCUGCAUAAUGAUCAUGCCCCAGCACCAAAGGCAAGGAUUUGGACGCUUUCUCAUUGAUUUCAGCUAUUUGCUUUCUCGAAGAGAAGGCCAAGCAGGGUCUCCCGAAAAGCCACUCUCUGAUCUGGGCCGGCUCUCCUACCUGGCCUACUGGAAAAGUGUCAUCUUGGAAUACCUCUACCACCACCACGAGAGGCACAUCAGCAUCAAGGCCAUUAGCAGAGCGACAGGCAUGUGCCCACAUGACAUUGCUACCACUCUGCAACACCUCCACAUGAUUGACAGGAGAGAUGGCAGGUUUGUCAUCAUUAGAAGGGAAAAGUUGAUAUUGGGCCACAUGGAAAAGCUGAAAAACUGUUCCCGACCCAAUGAACUUGAUCCAGAGAGUCUAAGAUGGACCCCAGUUUUAAUUUCUAAUGCUGUCGUUUCUGAAGAAGAGCGGGAAGCUGAAAAGGAGGCUGAACGACUAAUGGAACAAGCUAGCUGCUGGGAGAAGGAGGAGCAAGAGGUCCUGUCGUCCAGAGUUACCAGUAGGCAAUCAUCUGCAAAAGUACAAUCAAAAAAUAAAUACCUGCAUUCUCCAGAGAGGCGGCCAGUGGCUGGGGAGCGAGGACAGCUGUUGGAGCUGUCCAAGGAGAGCAGUGAGGAAGAGGAAGAGGAGGAAGAAGAUGACGAGGAAGAGGAAGAAGAUGAGGAAGAAGAAAGCAUUCAGACAUCUCCCCCACGGUUGACUAAGCCACAGUCAGUUUCCAUUAAGAGAAAGAGGCCUUUUGUAGUAAAGAAGAAAAGGGGUCGUAAACGCAGGAGGAUCAACAGCAGUGUAACAACCGAGACCAUUUCCGAGACUACGGAAGUGCUGAAUGAGCCCUUUGACAACUCAGAUGAAGAGAGGCCAAUGCCGCAGCUGGAGCCUACCUGUGAGAUCGAAGUGGAGGAGGGGGGUAGGAAGCCAGUUCUGAGAAAAGCAUUCCAACACCAGCCAGGGAAGAAAAGGCCGACAGAGGAAGAGGAAGGAAAAGACAAUCAUUUCUUCAAGACCGCUGCCCUUUGUAGAAACGGUGUAGAUGAUAGUGCAGAACACUUGAAAGAAGGCAGCAAAGACAAUCCCGAGCCUCUGAAGUGCAGACAAGUGUGGCUGAAAGGAGCCAAGCGGGGGCUCUCCAAGUGGAAGCAAAGCAAGGAGAGGAAGGCGGGGUUUAAGCUCAAUCUGUACACCCCACCAGAGACCCCCAUGGAGCCAGAGGACCAGGUGGCCGUCGAAGAACAGAAGGAGGUUUCAGAGGACAAGGGCAGUCCCGUGGGGACAGAACGGGAAGUGACAGAGACCGUGGAGGCCCUGCUGCCUCAGGAUGGGGACAGAAGGGAAGAGACAGGCAUACCUGUGAGUCCACACAAAUUACCAGGUGAAAAGGUGGAUGAGGAGGACCUCAUCAAAGGUGAGGAGGAGGAAGAAGAGGAGGAAGAGCGGGAAGAACAGGAAGAGGAAGAAGGAACUUCAGAAAAAGACCAAGAUGGUGCUAAAAGUAAAGAAAAAACAGAACCAGAGAUCUCCAUGGAAAAGGAAGACCCUGUACAUUUGGAUGACCAUGAAGAGGACGAGGACGAGGAGGAAGAGCCGUCUCACAAUGAGGACCAUGAUGCAGAUGAUGAGGAUGAUGGCCACAUGGAGUCUGCCAACAUGGAGAGGGGAGACCUCCCAAAAGAAGCCUUCAAAGAUGCACUGGAGGGCCAGGAGGCUUUUUUAGACCUUAAUGUUCAGCCGAGUCACUCUAACCCUGAGGUCUUGAUGAACUGCGGUGUUGACCUUGCAGUGUCCUGUAGCAGUGAGCCAAAGGAGCUUGCUGGGGACACUGGAACUGCACCUGAGUCCGACGUGGAGCUCCCAGAAGAACAGACACAGAAGCAGGGCCAGAAGGACAGUGAUGGUGCUGAUGCUGAGCUCAAAGAGGGAGGCACAGCCACAGUGGAAAUUGACUCCGAGACCGCCCAGGCUGUCCAGUCCUUGACCCAAGAAAACAGGGAGCAGGAUGAUGCCUUUCAAGAUUGUGCUGAGACUCAAGAGGCCUGUAGAAGCCUGCAGAACUAUACACACACAGACCAAAGUCCUCAAAUUGCCACCACACUGGACGAGUGCCAACAGUCAGACCACAGUAGCCCAGUUUCAUCUGUCCAUUCCCAUCCUGGCCAGUCAGUUCGUUCUGUCAGUAGCCCCAGUGUCCCUGCCCUAGAGAAUAGCUAUGCCCAAAUCAGCCCCGAUCAGACCGCCGUCACAGUACCACCUCUGCAGAACAUGGAGACCAGUCCAAUGAUGGACGUCCCGUCUGUGUCAGAUCACUCACAGCAGGUCGUUGACAGUGGGUUCAGUGACCUGGGCAGUAUUGAGAGCACAACAGAGAACUAUGAAAACCCAAGCAGCUACGACUCAACCAUGGGAGGCAGCAUCUGUGGAAAUGGCUCUUCCCAGAACAGCUGCUCCUACAGCAGUCUCACCUCCAGCAAUCUGACACAGAGCAGCUGUGCUGUCACCCAGCAGAUGUCCAACAUCAGCGGGAGCUGCAGCAUGCUGCAGCAGACCAGCAUCAGCUCCCCCCCAACCUGCAGCGUCAAGUCUCCCCAAGGCUGUGUGGUGGAGAGGCCGCCCAGUAGCAGCCAGCAGCUAGCUCAGUGCAGCAUGGCCGCCAACUUCACCCCACCCAUGCAGCUGGCUGACAUCCCCGAAACCAGCAAUGCCAACAUGGGCUUAUAUGAGCGAAUGGGUCAGAGUGAUUUUGGGGCUGGGCACUACCCACAGCCAUCUGCCACCUUCAGCCUUGCCAAACUGCAGCAGUUAACUAAUACCCUUAUUGAUCAUUCAUUGCCUUACAGCCAUUCCGCUGCUGUGACCUCCUAUGCAAACAGUGCCUCUUUGUCCACACCAUUAAGUAACACAGGGCUUGUUCAGCUUUCACCGUCUCCACACUCUGUCCCUGGAGGACCCCAAGCACAAGCUACCAUGACCCCACCCCCUAACCUGACCCCUCCGCCCAUGAAUCUGCCACCACCUCUCCUGCAGCGGAACAUGGCUGCAUCCAAUAUUGGCAUCUCCCACAGCCAAAGACUGCAAACUCAGAUUGCCAGCAAGGGCCAUGUCUCCAUGAGAACCAAGCCGGCAUCUCUGUCACCAGCUGCUGCCACCCAUCAGUCACAAAUCUAUGGGCGGUCCCAGACUGUAGCCAUGCAAGGUCCUGCACGGACUUUAACCAUGCAAAGGGGCAUGAACAUGAGUGUGAACUUGAUGCCAGCGCCAGCCUACAAUGUCAACUCUGUGAACAUGAACAUGAACACUCUGAAUGCCAUGAAUGGGUACAGCAUGUCCCAGCCGAUGAUGAACAGUGGCUAUCACAGCAACCAUGGCUACAUGAAUCAAACACCCCAGUACCCUAUGCAGAUGCAGAUGGGCAUGAUGGGAACCCAGCCAUACGCCCAGCAGCCAAUGCAGACCCCACCCCACAGUAACAUGAUGUACACGGCCCCUGGACACCACGGCUACAUGAACACAGGCAUGUCCAAACAGUCUCUCAAUGGGUCCUACAUGAGAAGGUAGACAGCCUGGCAGCUCACCGAACCCACUGGACCCCACUAUUGGAUUGAUCUGCACAAAUACCUUUGAAGAGUACGAUUUCAAAACCAGCAUUGGUGUGAAUGCAAAAACAUUUGUUGGCACCAUUUAUUUAAAAAAAAAAAAAAAAGCUGUAUGCAGCAGAAAGCCUUAUACAAGUUGUUUUUCUUUUUUCCUUUUUUUUUUUUUUUUGGUACCUUUAUUUCUGUUACUUUUAUAUAAAAUUCUCUGCAAAGGAAGGCCUCUCUUAGGACUCCAGUUGGCAGCAGCCACACGUUGUGCCUGCUUCCAUUAAACAGUGUGGAUACAAGCCCCUCCCCAAAUCACCUGUUUUAAUAUUGAACCUUGAGCUUUUUUCCUUCCUUGUCUACUCCAUGUAAAUGCCUUUAGCAUUUCCAUUACUGUAUAUUUUGUUUAAGGUGACCCUUCAGCAUGCCGCUAAUGUCUUUGUUAGUGACAGUGCAUUUUGUAGUACUGUACAAGUGUUGUGCUAACGGUAAGCCAUUUCUUAAGUUUUUUGCCUUGAUUAGGGUGCCCUAAUUUGAGGGUUUAAAAAAAAAACUCUAUUUUUGUUAAUUAUAAAACUGUAAAGAGCUAUCAGAGCUAUCCCCGUCUGGUUAGUCAAGGGGGUUUAUUGCUAAAUGUUUGGUGUAAAGUUGAGAAGACCCUUUUCCAUUUUGGUGGCAGGCUCCUUUGGGGAGAGGCAGCUUUCUGUUUUAUAAAUGCACACUUCUGUUUAUUGAAUGAAGCAUAUCUCAGUGUCUAUCUGUCAGGUUUUGAAGCAUUUCAUAUAUGUCCAAAUACUUGGCAGGAUUUAAAAAAAAAAGUGAAUUUGGUGUAAAGUUGCUAUUUUAUGGAAACGCCUCUAACUUUACAUUUUCAUUCCAUCUGUAGAUUUUUCUAUCUUUAUAAAAUAUUGGAGUUAUUUUUUAAGGAAAAAUAGAAAAGUAGCUUGUGAAUAGCUCAAACUAAGCUUACAGAUCGCAUGUAAAAAAGCAGAAAAGUUAUUUGUGUCUGUUUAUAUUGCUUCCUUUUGUAGCCUUUGUACCUGUACAGGUGACAGUAAGGGCCAAGCAGGAGAGGCGCCACCUUGUAUAAAAUAGGAGCCAGCAGCACUCUUGUAUUUAUCUGUUCUUUUUAGUCAGUUACUUCAAAAAAAAAAGAAAAAACAAAAAAAAAAACAAAAAAGCUGUACAUUUUAACAUAAAAUAAAUUAUGAUGAGCCAUUUCUAGCCUCUUGUGUCCUGUCAUAUUAUGAUUGAUGGAGGAUGGCCAGCUGAGCUGUAUCAUGUGUCACAUCUCAGAACACGUACACAGUUGGGGAAAUAAAUUAUUUAGUGUAAGUUCAAGUUACGAGAUUUUUUUUCUGAUUUGUUUUGACUUUGGGGGAGGGGUUGGCAAUAAGUAUGAGUAAUAUCUAAUAAAAACCAUCACAUAUACCAAAUACCUAUUUAAUAAAUUAAUUUAUAAUGGAUUUUAAUGCUUUUCAUGAAAGUUUACUUUAUGCUGGUGCAUACCUUCUGUAUGCCAAUCAUUGUCUUUAAAAUAAAGUGAGUUUGGUUUUUUUCUUUUU